GCGAAACUGAAUAUGAUUACUCUAUUUUUAACUUUACUGAACCAUGUGAAUACGGACCCCAUGCAAGCCGGUUUCUCCCAGUGCUCUACUCUCUGUUCUUCGUGGUGGGCUUCCUGGGCAACAUGCUGGUGCUGUGGGUGAUGUUAAAAGGUGCUCAGCUGAAAACCAUGACUGAUGUGUCUCUCCUAAACCUGGCUAUUGCUGACCUUCUCCUAAUCUUCACUCUCCCCUUCCUGGCUCACUAUGCCAGAGAUACCUGGGUAUUCGGUAACGUCAUGUGCACUCUGGUCCUCAGUGUGUACUACAUUGGAUUUUAUGCUGGUAUUUUCUUUAUUGUGCUGAUGAGCAUCGACAGAUACUUGGCUAUCGUCCAUGCUGUGUUUGCCUUGAGAAUAAGAACAAAGGCUUUUAGCAUUUUAGCAAGCAUGGUAGUCUGGAUGAUAGCUGUUGCAGCAUCAUUUCCUGAGCUACUGGAUCUUGGCAUUAUAGGUAAUGGGACUGAAGUAGUUUGCGAUGCUUAUCCAAAAUCUAUAGAAAGCCACAAUUAUGUAAAAAGUUCAGCCUUAAUUAAAAUGAAUGUUUUGGGCAUGCUGAUUCCACUGGCUAUUGUGGGAUUUUUUUACUCAAUGGUGCUCCAGAAGUUUCAGACAUCUACAAAACUGGCCAUUCGUCUUGUUGUUGUGGUCACGGUGGUCUUCUUCUGCUGUUGGAUACCGUACAACAUUGCAGCAUUCCUCAAAGCACUGGAACUAAAGGGCAUUAUUUCUCAAACAUGUGACAACAGCAAAAGGAUCCAGCUUAUGCUGCAAGUCACUGAAGCCGUGGCAUACUCGCACAGCUGCCUCAAUCCAUUCCUCUAUGUCUUUGUGGGUGAGAAGUUCAAGAGGCAUCUCGCCAGACUCCUCCUCGGGACACCAUGCGUCCAUGUGCAGUGUAUGAAGCGCUACAUGACCCAGGUUGCAGGCUCAGUGGAUUCAAAGACUGGAAAUAUGGACGAACUCUCAAUUGCCAUUUAAAUGCUAAAGUCCGAAAUGUGCAUAAUUUUUUUUUAUUAUGUUAUACUGCAUCUACUGUUGAAAAUAUGAGGGAUUUAUAUCUAGAAUAAUUAUAAUAUCUACUCUUUUUGAAAACUUUGUGAACUCUCAGAGUGCUAGCUUUAACCCUUUUUAACUUUAAUAUUUAUCUGUGACCAGAAACUAUGUAUAUACUGUAGUAUAUUUAUACAAUUUACAGAGAUUUAUUAUUUCAUAAUUAGACUGUAAUAAAACCUGCACUAUACUUACAUUUAACUUAAUACACAUACAGUAUGCAAGACAUCCAUCAGGCGGAAAACGAAAGUAAAUUGUCAAAGUGGUGUAGUACCAUGUGACUGACUGAACAAAUUAAUAACUGUAUCUUAAAUGGCAUGCUUGUGUAUUAUUCUAGACAAUUGAGUUAUUGAGUACUAACAUAAAUCACUUGUGUCAAAUAUAUAAGCGUAUUUGCUAUUGUUUUAUUAAUUAAUUAAAGUGCAUGCCAAUAAUCCUUUUGCAUUGGGGACUUUGUAUUGUUAUUAUUAAUAAUAACAAAUUCAUACAUUAUCAACUACUGCCACGAAUAGAAUUAAAUUAUCUGGCAAACACUGAAACAUUUUUUUAAUGCUGGAAACACACAAUUGUCUAUAAUGUCUUUCUGUACUAAAUCAUUAUUAAGUUUCCUUUGACUAGAACUAAG